AUGACCUGGAAGACGGCUCGGCUCCAUGUGGAACGGGGCGAGCGGGAGGAGAGUGGACAAACCGAGGUCACGAUUAUUGAUGAAGCAAGUGAAGAAAGUGACGGUUCUAAUUUAGGAAGGUGCCAGAAUCUGAAUCACCAGGAUGUUCACAUGGCAUCGUCUAUCGACGUGGCUUCGAUCUGUCCGCAGUUGAGCAAGAACUCCAGAACACGUCUCUUCUGCUUCUUCGCUCGUGACAAUAAUUACAUGUAG